AUGGCGGCGGGCCAGAAUGUUCCAGAACCUGGCGGCUAUGAUUUUGAGUUCACAAGUAAAGUCCCUGAUGAUUUGGAAUGUCCUGUGUGUCACUUUGCAAUGAAAGAUCCCGUACAGAUCGUCAGAUGUGGUCACAGAUUUUGUAAUCUCUGCCUAGAGGGUUGUUUUAGCAGACAUUCUCUGGAAUGUCCAGUUGACAGACAGCCUUUUUCGCCUGAUAAGAUCUUCUCAGAUAUCGCCUGUCACCGCAGAAUUCUGAAUCUCACGGCGAAGUGUUCUUAUGCUGGAUGUCCAUGGAAAGGAGAACUGCGUGCUGUGGAGAGCCAUCAAUCAGAAUGCUUGCUGAAAGUGAUAGAGUGUCCAAAUGAAGGAUGUAAAGAGAAGCUUACCAGGCUAUAUAUGAACAAUCACAAGAUGAGCAAAUGUACCUGGAGGAAAAUGAAAUGUGAAUAUUGUGUAGAAUCAUUUAUCAUGAGAAACAAGCAGGUUUGCUUGUCUGAUAGUCAUAAUUUUAAUGAGAUGGACGAAAUCUGGAGGUACUCUAGUUAUAAAGAGCUUUAUUUGAUUCUUUCAGCAACAUCAUAA